AUGUCGCACAAAGGCAAGGCCAUCGACGCCUCUGCCACCGAAGAUCUUGAGUACCUGCAACCAGGUUCCGUGGUUGAGGUCAGCCACGAAAACAAUGAUUGCCUGCGUGUGUGGUACACCGCCACAAUCAUCGAGCGGCGCGCUACUUCAACAAACGAAGAGAGGUACGUGGUCCAGUUCACCGAUGUUUACCAAGAUAGAAAAAGCGGGACAAAACUCUUAUUGGAGUACAAAAGCGUCGAUAUACGCCCUUUGCCCCCUCCACUGCCACCAAGAAAAUUCAAGGCCGGUGACAUAGUGGAGGCUUAUUACCAGAACGGCUGGUACGAAGGGGAGAUUACUUUAAUGUUGGAUAAUUACAACUGUAUGUUUCAGAUUUCAUCAAGGUUCUUAUUGUUUGGAGUGAAUCAACUGAGGCAUCAUAGAACCUGGUUUAAUGGGGAUUGGAUACCGCCAUUGAAUUUAUAUGUGACAAAAUCUAUUUGGGACGAAGAUUUGACAGAUAGAAUGAUGGAGAUAGAUUCUAACCAACUGGAGUGGGAAACUGACAGUGGCAGUGCAGAAACAAGCACAGCGGGGACUGGUAACAUGUUGGAGGAGUCUGAUCAGAAAACAAAAGAAGAAGAGUUUAGUGAGGGAGAACGUGUUGAGGUGGCCAAUAUUGAUGAAGAUGGUUUUAACCAAGCUUGGUUGGCUGCAACUAUUGUUAAACCAGUGGAGAAUAAUAGGUACAUCGUUCGGUAUGAGACCUUGAGAACCGGAAAAGAUACUGGUUUCUUAGUGAAAGAGAUGGAUAGCUUGCACAUUAGGCCUCCUCCGCCGGAUAUUCCAGUGCCUCACCAGUUUAAAAUGUUUGAUAACGUUGAUGCUUUGUACAAAGGUGGGUGGUGGAAAGGUAUAAUUACACGGGUCCUUCCUCGUGGUUCUAGAUAUAAGGUCCAUUUGGAUAACAACGGAAAAUCACCCGCCAAAAGAAGGAAUAUGUCAGAAAAUGGCAAGGCUAUCGACGCCCCUGCCACAGAAGAUCCACCGUACCUGCAACCAGGUUCCAUAGUUGAGGUCAACCCCCAAGACGAUGAUAGCCCGCGUGCGUGGUACACCGCCAGAAUCAUCGAGCGGCGCGCUACUUCAACAAACCACAAGAGGUACGUGGUCUACUUCACCGAUCUUUUCCAAGACAGAAAAAGAGAGACAAAACCCUUCAUGGAGUACAACAGCGUCGAUAUACGCCCUCUGCCCCCUCUACUGCCACCAAGAAAGUUCAAGGUGGGUGACAUAGUGGAGGCUUAUUGCGGUGACGGCUGGUACGAAGGCAAGAUUGCUUUAGUGUUGCAUGAUGACACCUAUAUUUUUCAGAUGUCACAAAUGUGCUUACUGGUUGGAGUAAAUCAAUUGAGGCUUCAUAGAACCUGGUUUAAUGGGAAUUGGAUACCGCCAUUGGAUGAAUCUGAGCUAGCUGUGGAGGCAGAAGAUUCAACGGAGAAAGUGACGGAGAUGGAUUCUAACAAAGGUGUGAUACUGGAGUCUGAGGCUGACAAUGCAGAAGCAAGCAAAUCAGGGACUGGUAACAUAUUGGAGGGGUUUGGUCAGAUAACAAUAGAAGAAGAAGUGUUUGGUGAGGGACAACUUGUUGAGGUGGCCAAUGAUGAAGAUGAUUUUAACCAAGCUUGGUGGUUUGCUGCAACUAUUGUUAAACCAAGACUGGAUUAA